AUGGCGGAAAAGGACCAAGCACGCAUACGAGAACUGCCCAGCAUGGAUGAGUUGAAUGCUAAGGAUGCGGCGUUGGACGAUUUGCUCUCUAAGCUUGGCGGCUCUAUCUCGGGGCGGGACCUGGCGCCGGAUGAGUCCCCCCAAGCGUCGACAAGCGGACGCACUCCCAAUCAAAUGCCGCCCUCGCGGCCACCUCAGGCCCUACGGGCGGCGGCAGCGGCUUCCUGGAAGAAGUCGGUGCAGUCCGCGGACGACCAGCCCGGACGCCUCCAGUCAUACAUCAUCCGCGAAAUCUUAAAAGCACGAACUGCCGCAGCCGCGGAGCGGAAAGAGCUGGACCUUGAGCCAUACAUCCGCAUGUACGGCGCGGACCGCACCCGGCUGCUGGCGCUCAUGGAAUUCUGCUGCCUGCCGGACGUGGGCAAGGUCGCCACCUUCGGCCACCAGUACGCCUUCGCCCGCGCGCCCGCCUGGUGGCUCAGAGAGGGGGUCUCCGGGGCUGUAACUGUCCGCCCCCGACACACCAGGGGCUGCAACGAAGAGGGCCGCUUGUCUAGUCUCGACACAAGGGGUUGGGACGGACGAGGAUCACUGUCAUUUGUCCAGCCCCCACUAUCAGUUAUCGUCAGCUAUCAAGGACCUAAAUGGGUGCUGGCGAGGCGCGUGAUUGAAGACGACGGGGAGGAGACAAAUCCCCCAGACAGACCGCAGGCCUCGGAAGAUGGGGCCAACGUCCAGCCGGGAAUGGAGCAGGCCUCGGAAGUUGGGGCCGACGCCCAGCCGGGAAUGGAGGAUGUCCUCCAAGCCUUCUUGGCCUCCGCCGCGCGAUUGCUCGCGCUCUGCCAUCACUUCGCUGUUACUGGCGACCGAUAUGCCAGCAACGUCAAAUCGCCUUAUCUACUUUACUAUUGAGCUGGGUCCCGAAUACAAAGUAAAUCACUAUUUAAACAAUUCAAAAUCCCCAACAGACGACGUUCUGACUUGCGCUUGCUUGCACGGUUGACUGGCGAACUAGCGUUGUCUGGAUUCAGCGCUUUGUUCCCAGCUAAUCUUUGUAACG